CCGCUAAGUUCGUUACACUCAAGUCUGUACGUACCCUACCAUUUACACCCCUUGACUUCGUACUACACCAAAAAUCCUAGUUUGAGUAGGCGACGAGCAUUUCAAGUUCACCGCCGGGAACUUCAGAAAUUGCGUGUAGGCCAGUUUAGACAAGCUUGUUCAUAUUUUAAUAUGGAUACUGGCACUAGCGGACGCUGGACACGCGCAAGGAGGAACAUGUGCAAUGUUUCUGCACGCUUACUUUCGUUUAAGAAGAAAAAAUGGCCAUUAAAAUCGCCAUCUCCUGAGCGGCUUGCCGCGGUUGGUUUUUAUUAUAAGGCUCCCAAGAAGUCCUCAGAAAUCAAAGAUAACGUCACCUGUUACAUGUGUAACAAAUCACUUUACGGCUGGAAACCAGACGACGAUCCCUUAAAGGAACACAUUUUGCACAGUCCCAGUUGUCCUUGGGCUUAUGUGUUGGUCGCAAGAAACAAUCCUCAGUGCAAUCCACAAUCAAAGUCCUUGGUGAAAUGCAGAGAACUUACCUUCGUCGACAAGAUGUGGCCGUACACUAAUGACAGCAACCAUCACUGUCAGCCGCGGGUCAUGGCAGAGGCAGGAUUUGUCUAUACUCCAAGCUCAGAAUCAAAGGAUGUAGCUCACUGCUUAUACUGCAACAUCAUUCUUUAUGGUUGGGAACCCAACGAUAAUCCAUAUGAUGAGCAUUACAAGCGAGAACCUAAUUGUCCAUUCUUUGUAUGGAAGGAUCCUACACGUCUAUCCCCGCGAAAGCUCGAUAUGUUGUCUUUAACUGAUGCUGAAGAUCAACAAACCGACGAAGACAUCAGCGGAACGUCGCUGCUACCCUAUCCUCAAACACCCAAUCAGCCUUUAACGCCCUCAACGAAGCUCUCUACGCGUAAACAACCUUCACAUCAUGUACGCGGCGAUAUUACAGAGGACGAAGCACAUACUGAUGUACCAAACUCAACAUCUCCAAAGAAGAAAGGACGAAAUUCUCCAAAAAAAGUAGUGAAGACGGCAAUCUUCAAACCUGUACUCCCGGUGUUUUCAGAUGACAAUACUGACAGUGAUGAAGAGGAAACCGCAUUUUUAAGCAAAAAAAAAUCACGUAGAAAAUCUUCUAAAUCGCCUACUCCCCAGGCAGCAGAAACAUCACCGUCUACAAAUUGGCGAACAAGCACGCCGUUGACUCAACAGAAACACGAAUUACGUGCUUCAUCCGAACACUCAAAACAAAGUUCUGUGUCCGAAAAGGAUGAAGCUCAACCUUCCCCUUCCUCACCCUCACCUUCUGCUAAUCGUCGUCACUCGUCUGCUUCUAUACAUGAGACGUCUCCCACAAACACGGCAGGCCGUUCGAGCACCAAACGACACUCUUCAGCCUUUGAUCUUGAAGAACCUCUUGCUAAAAGGCAACUUGCUAAAACUGUAGAGACGGAAAAAGACGAUGAUGCUGAUGUUGACACGGAAAAAGAUGUUCAUGUUUCCGAACCUGAUGAGGAUCCAAAACAGGAAAGUGAAGAUGACAGCGAAAAUGAACAGAGCAUUUACAAUGAUACCUUUGACCAGUCUGCAGGAAACAUGGCUGACUCCGAGCAUGAAACUACGGUCUUACCAACUGCGCCAGAGUCUGAUAGUUCUUCUGAUGUUCUUGAUGAAGUCUCCGGUGACGAACAAAACAAUAUCCUUGAAGAAGAACGAAGCGAUGAAGAGCCACGUGAAAACACACUGGCUGAUACUACAACUGAUCUUGUUUAUGAACCAGAGCUUCCUGCUUCUAGUUCGCCGUUACCGAACAACGACGCGGAGUUGCUUACUCAUGCCACAGAGAGCGAUGAAAUACAAGAUCACGUUAGUGGCGAUGAGCAAAGAACUGAUGAGAAACCUUCAGAUGCAGACACAAAUUCUUUGAGUCAAAAUGCUGAAACUACGGAAGGUGAUGUUUUUGAGCCAAAUGAAAACACCGUUCCUGUUGAAGACGACACAGAUGAUAUUGUUCUUCGUGAAUCCGUUAAUGUCACCGAGAGUCUUCCUCAAUACACAUUCAAUUUCGAAAGUCGAAGGAAAACUCUUUCCUCUAUGCAGCAGAAAUUAAAUGAUAGCCCUACAAAAACUCGAAAUUCUGACUCUGUUGCUUUAAAAAAUGAGACUAAGUCAUCCUCUCCAUUAAGGCGCUUAAGCUCACGGAUUAAUCAAGUUAUUUCCCGUAUGACGGGGUCUUCGAUAAAGGAAGUUGAAACAGACGCUGGAGUUAACCCGUUUUUAUCUGAAAAAGUUACCACGGAAGACAAGAUUAGCAAAAAUAAUGAACAAGCCACUGUGUCUGCUAUUGAUGAGUUUAAUGCGACAGAAAAUGAAUAUACGGACAACUCGAAACACAGAAAUUCCAGCGUCCUCAAACGGCUGUCUUCAACGGUUGAUAAUUAUUCAGAUCAACUUGUUGUUGUAAAGCCCUCUGAGGAAGACAACGCCGAUCACGUUAAUAAUUCAGAUCACAUUAAUGAGUCCAACAUUGAGGAAGAACAGAGCACGAAGACAGACGAUUCACAUUCAGAAGCGUCGCCUUCUGAACCAGCUCUUAAUUUUGAAAAGGAGACCUUAGCACCUGAAACUGAAUCUAGAGAACUUAUUAGACUGUCCACACAUAAUGAGCUUGUUAGCUCACAAGCCUCGGAAUUACAGCUAAUACCAGCGGAUGCAGACGAGUUGCUUGACCAAACGGAAGAGGAUGACAGAGAAGGAUCGGAGAGUUCUCAAGGUUCUUCAGAUGAUUUGGCAGCGCAGCAAUUGUUACUUCGCGACAGCUCGAAACCACUGGUGUCUCCGUCUCUGACAAGAACGGUUGAUGCUUUAGCAGAGUCUUCAUUCCUCGCCCCACAAACCCCAGUUAGGGCAAACAGAGUACAAACAUUCAAUUUGCCAAAUUGGGAAAAUAUUGAUUUCUCUAAAUUAUUGGACAGCCCCGAAGAUGAUGGAGGCCAUUUAUUGCCUUACACCCCAUCAGAAGAGGAAUUGGAUAUGACAGUGGAGCAGUGGAUUAAAUAUGUCUAUGCGAAGAAAGCUAAGCUCUUUGAAAUCGAAUGUGAGCAAAAGAUUGAGUGGCUCCUUCGUGAAGGGAAACGCGCCGAAGAAUUCGUUCGUAAUCUUUACUAAAUCCAGAAUCUGUCUUUCAUAUGAUGAUUUCUAGUUUGUAUAUUAAUUAAUUAUAAGAAUCUUACAAAGGGCGGGUGAUACCUCGUUUGCACUGUAUAAAAUCGAG